CUUUCACUCAUCUUCUCUGAACAGGUUUGUGCUUGUUCAGGUGUUAGGGCAUUAUGUUUGGUGUCAGGUUGUGUUCAUUGGUGUAAUGUUAUAAUCAAAUGGUGUAUUAAUAUUUCUGAAUGUUAAUAAUUAAGGACUGUAAUGGACUACCAACACAUUCUGGUCUGUUUCAUGUUCACUUGCAGUUUAGGUUCUGCACAGGAUGUGAAAUAUGUACUGAAGGGUCAGGAGUUAGCCUUGGAUCCAGCAGUUUUUAGACGCCCUCUUGAAAUAUACUGGACACAUCAUGUCAACAUGGUUGUAUUUUUUGAUGGCACGAUAGAGACUGUGUCCCCUGCAUACAAGAACAGAAUAAGUCUCAACAAGGACUCUGCAGUACUCACCAUCAAAAACGCCACAUAUGAAGACAGUGGAUACUAUGACCUGGAGGUUCAAGAAAACAAGAGGCUACAACAUAUGAUCUUUAAAAUUGAGGUUAUAGACAAAGUAUCCAAACCCAACAUUAGGUGUGAGAUGAUUGACAGUUACCAGGCGACGCUCGUGUGCUCAACAGAGUCCAAACAUUCUGGUUUAUUAAAGUUCAAGUGGAUAUCAGGCGGAAAUGAGCAAACUGGAGCAAAUUUAACAAUAACUCUCAAUAAGUUUCUUAAUCAUCAAGUUUAUAUUUGUGAUGUCAGCAACCCCCUGACCAAUGAGAUUGCUGCAUUCACUGUCAAGGACUGCUUAUCUGGUGGUAUAACUGUUGCUGAAAUGGUUGUCAUCAUCCUUUCGAUCAUUGCCGUUGUGACAAUUGGGGUCGUCCUCUUUUUGGGAUUGAAACUGUACAAAAAACGUCAAGAACGUUGUAAAAGAGAUAAACGCAGAAAAGAAGUACUUCUCUAUGAAUGUGACAUAUCUUCACUAAAUAGAAAGGAAAUAAUGGAUAUAUUCAACAUCAAAAAUCCUAACGACUUCUGGUUUUUGGACUCACAUGAUGAAUUGAAGCAAUAUGGUAUUACAUUGACUGCCUGCAAGGACAUUUUCAGUGAAAUCAUAUUGUGGAUGAAAGCAGACAGUACCAACAGUCAUCCUAGAGUAUUUCUGAACCACUUCCUGGACACAGUGACUCGUAUUGGAGGUUGUCCACAGCAACUGAUGGCCAAACCAAGUUUGCAAGUUAUCACCGAAACGCAAAAAUUCCUGCGUAGGAAUCAUACAGACUCUUAUGCUGGGGAACAAAGUGUGAUUUGUGGAUAUAACAUUACCAGUCACUCAUGGUUAGACGUAUGGACGUAUUGGAAGUACUGUUUUGAAACUCUCAGGGACUCAGGACUUUUCACAGGAAACGAUUUGGACAGGAACCUCGUACAGUUCUGCUUCUGCAGCAUCAUCCAGGAUCAGCUGGAUGAGUGCGUUAGAAGUAACAAUAGGACCCAAAGUGAACACAACAGUUUUAAGUCACAAGAGGACAAACUCUAUCCUGUUCUACCAGCGGAUAUUGAUGCUUGCGAGAAGAAGUGUACCCCAAGAAGGCGGGACCCCUGUGAUGAAACAUUUUACAGGCGCUUUGAAGGCAUUAUGACAGAAAAUAGUUGGAAUAUUCCAGAGGAUGAAAUCAAAGCUCUCGAGCUAUAUUCCAAAUUAAGAAAGAAGAUGCAGGAAAACAAUGAAGUUGUGAUGGAAACAUGAAUAGAUGAAGAACAAGAGCUGGCAGGCGAGACACCUGCAUCUGCACCACAAAGGCUACUGCUGUCAAGUGCCGUGGCUUUGUCUGACUUAUGAUUUGGGAUGAGAAUUGGGCAUGAAUUUUAACUUCACCCCUCUAAUGGAUGUGAUGGAUGGAGCAGCUCAGCGCAUCACAGAGUCUCCUUUUGGGUGGUCUGAACACAGCCCGCUAAAUCCACACUCAAUUACACCACAUUCAUUUUGGUGUGAUUGACUUUGUUUAGCAUUACACUAGUUGUCUUUCUUUUGAGUGUUUAUUUUAAUUACAAUAUUUAUUCAGCUCUAUUUAACUGGCUUUUCAUUUAGCGUACCAAACAUCACCCAAAUUGACUUGAACAUUCAAACUAGGGUUGCUCAUGUAUGCAGUACUCCCGUCGCCCCACAGAGGGAAACAGCGAGGCAUAUGUGUCACAAUGAAGCAACAGUGGGGUGGGUAGAGUAAGACUACUCAUUCAAACCAGAAACGUUACUAUCGAAUCUGAAAAAGGACCGAGCCAGGUGGUUGUUUGAGAGAGUAAGCUGGAGUAUUCGAAGUUGCACGAGUUGUAGAUUAAAAUGGUCGAUUAAUGGCAGGCUGGAAAAGGGAUUUGAGUCGGAGUGAAGAAAGUAUGGAGGACAAUUUCCCAGGAAGGGGUUUUUGAGUAGCUCAUCAAGUAGCAUAAGUGAGAAAGAGAGAGUGGUACAAAAGAAGACCGAUGGGGAGGAAGAGUCCAAUCAUCAAUCAAUCAAUAAAAGUUUAUUUAUAAAGCCCUUAAUCACAAGUGUCUCAAAGGGCUGCACAAGCCACAACGACAUCCUCGGCUCAGGUCCCACAUCAGGGCAAGAAAAAACUCAACAUCAAGGGAUACAAACCUUGGAGGGCGACCGGUGCAAUGGACGUCGAGUGGAUCUAGUUCAUAGUGUGAGAGUCCAGUCCAUAGUGGGGCCAGCAGGGGAUCAUCUUGAGUGGAGACAAGUCAGCAGCGCAGAGACGUCCCAAACUGAUGCACAGAUGACUGGUCCACCCCGGGUCUUGACUUUGACCAGCCAGCACAACCUCAGUGGUCACUUAAUAACCUCUCCACAUAGGAGAGGGAGGCAGAGCAAAAAAGAGACGGCAGAUCAUCUGGUCUAAAAGGGUGGGUCCAUUUAAAUGCUGGCAUAUACAAAUAAGUUUUAAGAUGGGACUUAAAUGCUUCUACUGAGGCAGAGUUCAAAGUACUUCUAAAAUUCGAGGAAUGCCAGGAGAUCAGGAAAGUAGGGCCAAGCGCAAUUGCCCGGUUACUCUGUGGAAACAUGGCCGAUGUAAAAAGGGCUAGUGUGCAAAGCAAUGGAGACUUGAUGAUCGUGUGUAAGAGUAAGUGGCAAAGAGAAAAAGCUUUAAAACUUUUAUGCGUUUCUAAAAAAAAAAAAAAAAAAAAAAAAGAAUGUGAAGAGAGGAGAAAGGUCGGAUUUUGGAGACUAACAAAAGGAGUAAUAUACGAUAUAUCAGUGAGGGAGGAUUUGGAAAACUGAAGGAGAUAGUUAAAAGAGGGAAAGUAGUCAACAUGAGGAGACUAGAAGCAUGGAAAGGUGGAGGAAAAGGGAAUAGCUUGUCAAUGUUAGUGUAAUUUAAAGAUGAAAUUCUACCAAAAUGUGCGUUUUAUAGGGUGCACGAGGUAUUAAGUGAGGUGGUUUCUACCACCACCCCUGCGGUGUUACAAAUGCCAGAAAUAUGGCCAUAUAGCGGAUUAUUGUAAAGGAGAACAGACAUGUGGAAGGUGUGGGGGAGGUCAUGAAUAUGGCAAGUGUGGAGCAGGGGUGCAGAAAAAUUGUGCAAAUUGUGGCGGAGCACAGAGUGUUAGCCACAGAGACUAUGAGGCAAGGAAAGAGAAAGAGAUAAAGUCGUGGAAAAAGUAGACCAGUGGAGGGUGGUAACGCUACAACUUCGGUUUAAUUGUGAUGAGUCACAAAUAUUGUGUGCAAUAUUUGCUGUUGAGUUGUUUAAUUUCUAUAUUAAUUUUUAUUUUAAUUGUACAAAUGUAUUUUACAUUUAAUUUUAUAUGCACAAACAUCUGCAGUUCAUUGUGUGAAUGUAUUAACACUAACCUUCAACUUGAUUUAUGUAAAAUACACAAUCGACAUUAUUUACGUAAAAUACACAGUGGACGUUAUAAUUUUUUUUAACGUUUGUUUUAUGUUUAUGUUUUCAGUCCUACAAACCUAAAUGAAGGAAGAAAUGUACAGAAAUAAAACUGAGGAAGAAAAAUAAUUUAAAAGAAGGAACAUCAAUCAACAAAGCUUCUGGUGCUUCUGUCUCUUCAUGCUGUUAACUAUCUGUCCAGCUGCACAUGCUUGAAACGAGUAGUGCAGGCAGAAUCAUUUAUUGAAUUGAAUGAAUUGACAGUGCAGUAUGAAAGCAGAUGAGUUUACUUUGUAAUUAGGGUAAGCCUAGUCUCAAGGGGAAAAAACCUGAGGAGGUACUCCAAAUGUGGAUGUUUGGCCCCUAACCCUUGAGAUUGUAGCUUUUCUUAUUAUGUACCUGAAUAGCCCUGGCCUAUUGUGUCAACUAUUGUAUUUUUAGAAAAUAAAGUAUAUUUUUGUAUUCA